GAAUCUGUUCAUCAACAGUCAUACCAACUUAUAAAUAAAGAUACAAAGUCUCUAGCACAACACAUUGUGGGAUGUUGUCAGCAACAGCAGGGAGAAGUAUCAGCAGCACCACAGCAACAACAGCAACUCCAACCAGGGUCAGGUGGUGAUGGUGAUGAAAGAACGGUUCAGGCACACCUGUUCACAAGUACAACCUGUGUACUUCCUGGAACAACAAGUCCGCAGGUUCCGGGAACAGAAGCCUUGACACCAGAGUCCUCAAGUACAUCUUGCGUAGUUCCUGAAACAACAAGUUUACAGGUUCCGGGAACAGAAGCCUUGACACCAGCACCAGGUUCCGGGACACCAGUGCCCACAUCGUCUCUUCUGCCCAGAGUACCAGGAUCUCUUGUAUCACAGAUACAGUCAUCUGGGCUGCAUCCAGUACCAGUCAGUGGGAAUUCUCCUGCAGUCACACAGUACAACCUUAUCCAAGUACGGCAGCAGUUUGGUGAUGUGACAGUGAAGGGAGGCAAGAAUCUGAACAUUGGCGGAACUCAGAAUGUCGGUACAGCUCCAACCAAACAGGAAGAAGAGGAGAUACCACUGACUGCAGCACAGAAGAUCAGGAAAAGGACGACAUCCAGGAUACAGUUGUGGACUAAAGACAUGGUGGAGACAGACGCCCUCAAGAAAGUGAAAGAGAAGCUACACAGAGGUGCAACAUGGGUGACAAUUACAGGAAGACCGGGAGAGGGGAAGUCCACAACCGCCUACAUGGCUCUCAAAGACCUACACAGUCAGGGGAGACAAGUAUACCAAGUGGUGUCACCAGAAGAGUUCACUGAGGUCAUAAUGGCCUGCUCUAACCCUGUCAUUCUGUUAGAUGACAUAUUUGGUGAUCUCGAAUUCGACGCUGCAGAAUGGACCAAAUGGAGACCAAGUCUACGACCUAUUGUGGAUGUGAAACAUCCUGACAAAUAUGCUGAAAAAGAUUCUUUGGACUUUUCGACCAAAACUGAAAAGGUUUCAGAGAAGACAAAAGGUGAUCAAACACAGGUGAAACAAACAAGUCCAAACAAAGACAAAACUAUCAUAAUUCUCAUAGGCCGGGACUAUGUGCUGAAAUCCUCAUUGGCAGACUUGGGAAGGAUGGCAGAUUACAUUUCCAGUCCCCAAUACGUGGUGGAAGUUUCCUCACAGAGAGACUCUUAUGAGCGGAGGAAGAUAUGGCGUGUUCAUGCUGAAACAAAAAACAUAAACUUUAAAGAGUCAGUUGUGUCACAGAUAUGCGAGGUAGACUGUCCACAUGGCUUCCCCCAUGUAUGUAAAAUGUUUGUCGCAGCAUAUGAAAAGGAUUGGACUCAAAUUCGCCCAGAGGCUUUUUUUCAAGCGCCUAUUGCUUUCCUCAACCAAACUUUGAAUAAACUUAUGAAAGAUGAGGAAAAGCAUUCACUGUUCAUGGCAAUGAUUCAAAAAGAUGGGGAGAUUAGUGGACAAGAAAUGGAGGCGGAUGAUAACCUCGGUUAUAAACACAAAGACGUUGCUGACGAUUUGGUUGGAUCUUACCUCAAGAAGGAGGAUGACACCUACAUGUUUGAUCAUCCUUCUAUUUAUGACAGUGUUUCCUUUAUUCUCAGUACAAAACAAUUGAAGUUUGUUAUUGAAAAAUGUAGUUUGUCCUUUAUAAAUCAGCGACUUCGUCUUGCACCCCCUAGAGGGAGAGAGGAAAACGUCGCUGGUGAGGCAGGUCUUGUUGCAAGCAUCCCAUGGACAUAUGCUGGACAUUUAGCCAGAAGAUUUGCAAGUGAAAUACACAGGAGGAAUUUGUUGCAUGUUUUAUCCCACCAAGCAUGUUGUAAUUCAGACUUUGUUCACUUGCUAAUGGACUGCCUGAAGACACAGUUUCACAUGUAUGCAUUUGACAUUGUGAAACUAACUGAUAAGUCAUCCAAACAGUCAUUUUGUGAAUUACUUCCCAGCAACAAAUCACAUCAUCUCAUGAAAUAUAUUAUGGAGAAAGAAAAUAUAUCAUUCAGCCAGGAUGAAGGGAGGGACAUUUUGUUGGGUGUGUGCAUGAAUGCUGCGUGCAGUGUACUGAAAUACAUCAGUGGACAUAUGGAACUUGAUUUAAAUGCUACAUACGGUUGGAAGGAAACGACGCCGAUUAUGUUAGCAGCAGAAACCAGAGACAGCGUGUUUGUUAAUCAGAUUUUGUCUCUUGACCCUGACCUGAAUGCAAGAGACGGGUUUGGUAAAAGCGUGUUUCAUUAUCUUUGUAAAAAUGGCCUUACAUUAGCCGUAAAGAAUGUGCUUGACAAGGGAGUGGACGUUAAUGAGGAUCAAGGAUCACGCUGGAAACACCCUCUAUACAUUGCCAUAAAGAAAGGUCACGUAGAGGUGGUGAAACUGUUGGUUAACAGAGGAUGUGAUGUAGAUAACAAGAAAGGUCUUAGAUGUGCUGUUAGUAGCCUAAACGUGGACAUGGUGCUGUUCUUUUUAAACAGAAGAGUACAGGUUGACAGUACUGUUGUGUGCAGAGCUUGUGAAGCUGGGGAGUUGAACAUAGUUGAGAAGCUAUUUGAGAAGGGUGCUACUGUUAAUAUGGUGUCAUAUUAUGGAUAUACUCCACUUCACAGCGCAUGUAAAGGAAAUCCUACUGUUGUUGCAUAUUUGCUGAAAAAAGGAGCAAGUGUCUAUCAAGCUUCAAAUGUUAGAGGUGACACACCACUUCAUGAAGCAGCAGCAGCGUGGCGAUCUACAGAGAAUGUUGAUGUGUUACUGAAGGCUGGAGCUGAUGUCCAUGUUCAGAAUAUGUGUUGA